AUGUCUGAGGACAUACCGGCGGACGGCCACGAGGGCGACGGCACCGCCGCUGUGACGCUGGCGCCCGGCAUGCUCGAGGAUCUGACUCGUGACGUUCUUGAGUCGCUCAUCCACAACGUAAUAUACCAGACCGCGCUCUCGUGCCACCGCACCGAGAAACAGCUGCGCAUGCAAUCCGCCGCCACAUCCGCCGAAUCUCUCGCCCUGGCAAACCUCGAGCCGCCCUCGCAGAAGAACGCGCAAUCGACGCAGCCAUCCUUGCCGACCGCCGAAACCAAUGCGGCGCUUUACGAAAACGGGCGUGUCUUCCUCAAAGGAAACCCCCUCAAGACCACACCAGAAAUCAUAUGCCCGCAUUGCAAGCUGCCGCGGUUAAUGCACCCUAUUAUGGGCAAAGGAAUGCAGCAGCCAGACCUGACGCGCGAGUACUGCAUGUUGUAUCCAUGGGUGCAGCGCUCGGGGCACGAUGUGUAUGGGAACCCGUUCCCGACGGAUAUGGCUAAGAGCAAGAAGGAGCGCGAACUACUCAAGCAACAACAAAAGCAAGCGGACAAGGAGAGCGUGGGGACGCCUGGGUCGCAGGAUACCGACAUGAACGCUGGCGACGGGACGCAGGGCAAAGAGAUCAAACUCAACACUGGUGGUAAGCCCGCCAGCUACAUACCCUGGCACACGUGCCCGAAGUGCAAACGCAGUCUCCUCAUAACACGUUUCGCACACCACCUCGACAAAUGUCUAGGCAUCAGCGGACGCCAGAGCUCUCGCGCUGCCAUGGCUAAAAUUUCUGGUGUCAACGGCAACAGCAGCGGCGUAGGAAACACUCCGCUGGGCAGCCGCAUGGGCACGCCAGCACCCGGCUCGCAAGGUGACGGCCCGAUACCAAAGUCCAAAGCGAAAGGCAUCAGCCCCGUGAAGAAUCUACGCGACAACGCCGACGACGACGAAGGCGACGACACUCCCGAAAAGAAGAAGAAGAAAACGAAGAGUUCGUACGUGAAGAAAGCGGAUCGAGAGAAAGCGUCUAAAGAGGGCACACCUAGCGGCAGCGGCGUAAAGAUCAAGCUUAAAACUAGUACUCCCAGUUCCGAGCGCAGAGACAGCAACAUAUCCGAAAAGCGUGAGCGUGAGGGGUCCGAGGAUGGUGCGCCCAAGGCAAAGAAGCUCAAGCUUAGCAUAGGGAAAGCAGGGAGUCCGCCUGCGCCCACACCUCUCGCUCAGGGCUCGCCGUAG